AUCUGUAUCUAUCCCGUUCGUGAAUAUAAUAUUGAUCGUUAAGUAAUUUAUGCGGUGCUGUAAAAUGAAUCCAAAAAACAUGGAUAAUAUGACGCAGCGUGAAAAAUUCCAAUUAUUAAAUUCAGAAGUGCGUUCGUUUUAUGAAUAUUGUAAAGAAGUAGGUAUGAGUGAUGAUGAUAUGGACGUAAUUUGUCGCCCUUUGAUGCAUGCUGUGAGAAGGGCGACCAUUAAGAGAUGGCGAAAUAUUUUCCUGAUAUGCGCGGUAUUUGUGAUAUUUGGAUAUAUUGUGUGUCAAACGGAUACAUUUCAAUGGAAUGCUGCUGCCGUGGGUCGCUUAACUUUGAUAAAGCUUCUACCGUUUUGGAACUGGACUCCAUUAUACUAUAACAAAUGUAUUGUUGAAAGGCUCCCGUUGCAGAACUUUAAUAGUGAACCUGUUUCUACAAACGACUGUAUCGCGUGUGAAGCAAUUCAAAACAUAGCUCGUAUAUCAAAAACCGACCACAAUGAAGUCCUAAACCACCACUUGCUAAGAGGAGCUCCUGUCAUAGUUAAUGAUGCCUAUCAUGACUGGGCAACUGGGGAGUACAACUUAACAGGCCUCGUCAGCAAUGAUGACCGCUUACGCGAAUCUGUCCCUUGCCGAAUCCUAACUAACAUUCGUAUCGGUAAACAGCCAAUGGAUUUGCAGGAAAUUGUAUCGCGUAUAACCGAGAGCAACAUUCCUAGCUGGUUCAUACAUUUUCAGAACUGCGAUCUUCGAGCCGUGAAAACCUUCAGAGUCCUCGCCCCUCGACCUUAUUUCCUUUCUCCAGAAAUCCCUCCUUCGCACUUCAACUGGUUGCUGCUAUCCAAAAACUACGACACACAGCGUUUUAAGUAUUUGGAGUUCGAUAUCGGUCUAAUAAUCAUGACGCAGCUAAAAGGAAAGAAUUACAUUCAGUUGAAACCGCGUAUGCCCUGCGAGAACAUUUGUAGUCCCAUUAAAAUUGAAUUACAACAGAGUGAAACAUUGGUUUUAAGUAAUUCACUCUGGGAGUUUGAAUACAUGCCGGGAAAAGGUGAGAAUCUGGCUAUGAUCACGGAAACUGAUUGGGUAGAAUCGUAAUUUUUAUCUAAUAAAUGUAACUACACAAUGUACCUAAUUAAUAUACAAGAAUACACCGUUUGGAAGAUGCUAUUAGUCAACUUAUGGUUUCGUAUUUCAAAUAUAUGUCUUUUUUAUUCUUCAAAAACCAAUUUUGUAAAAUAUGUUGAUGUAUAAAAUGUGCCAAAUAUCAUACAACACACAUUUUUAAGAUCACAGUAUACCGAACUACAUACAUCAGAUUUAAGCUAAACGUUUACACAAAUUUGUUUAAUUUAUUUAUAAAAGUAAAUUUCUUUGAUAUUUUAUAUCAACUAGAUUUUAGUAGAAUAUCCAAUAGGAGUUAUGAUUUAAGAAUUUAAAUCUUAGUAAAUUUAGUAGCAUUUUGGCCAAUGUAUUUUAUUUUUAAGUUUGACAUUUAAUUUUGGAGAUCAAAUUUACUGACAUUUAUAUUAUUGUCACAUAUACAUAAACCAAU